ACAUGUGAUCUGAACAACUGAGGAAGUUGCGAUUGUUACAAAACCUAGUGGUAGUAACAGAGUGCAUCUAAGCCGCUAACACAUUAGCCUGGGAUGCGAUAAAUAAGUGGCGAAAGAAGACGGCUUGUUUAUUUCUUCUCUGGCACGGAGUCAAGACAUUUUAACGCCGUUAUGAAUCCAGACAUUCAGAGAGAACGUGAAAAUGCGACGUUCAACCCAGACCUUCUCACGUACAUUUUGGACGGUGGUCAAGAGAAGACCAGACGAAGGAGAGAAAUAGAAGCAAUGGUUAUCAGUGAUCCAGAUUUCCAGCAGGAAGACCCCAACUUUCUGUCUCGGAGUGAGCGGUAUGAGGCAGCGGUGAGGAAGAGUGCUCAGAUGAUCAUGAAACUCCGAGAAUAUGGCAUCUCCGAUCCUGAAGAGAUUUAUAAUUACAAGAGCUGUGUGCACCGCGGGGGCCCAGGACCCCUGGACCUGCACCUGGGGAUGUUUCUGCCCACCCUGCUCAACCAGGCCACGCCUGAGCAGCAGGAGACCUUCUUCAUGCCCGCCUGGAACCUGGAGAUCAUUGGCACCUACGCCCAGACCGAGAUGGGCCACGGAACCUUCAUCCGAGGGUUGGAGACCACCGCGACCUACGACCCCUCCACGCAAGAAUUUGUCAUGAACAGCCCAACCAUCAGCUCCAUCAAAUGGUGGCCUGGAGGAUUGGGUAAGACGUCCAACCACGCCAUAGUCCUGGCUCAGCUGUACACCCAAGGCACCUGCCAUGGCCUCCAUGCCUUCAUCGUCCCCAUCCGUUCGAUGAGCACACACAAGCCUCUUCCAGGCAUUACGGUGGGAGAUAUUGGGCCCAAGUUUGGUUUCGAUGAGGUCGACAACGGUUACCUGAAGAUGGAUAACGUGCGCAUUCCUCGCGAUAACAUGCUCAUGAAGUAUGCCAAGGUGGAGCCGGACGGGACGUACCACAAGCCCCCGAGCUCCAAGCUGACGUACGGCACCAUGGUGUUCAUCCGCUCCAUGAUCGUGGGCGAGUCGUCCCGCGCGCUGGCCAAGUCCUCCACCAUCGCCAUCCGCUACAGCUCCGUCCGCCACCAGUCCGAGAUACGGCCCGGUGAGCCGGAGCCUCAGAUCCUGGACUACCAGACGCAGCAGUACAAGCUCUUCCCCCUGCUGGCCACGGCCUACGCCUUCCACUUCGUGGGCCAGUACAUGCGGGAGACCUACCACCGCAUCACCGGGGACAUCAACCAGGGCGACUUCAGCGAGCUCCCUGAGCUGCACGCCCUCUCUGCGGGCCUGAAGGCCUUCACCACCUGGGUGGCCAACUCGGGCAUCGAGGUGUGCCGCAUGUCGUGCGGCGGCCACGGCUACUCGCACUGCAGCAGCCUGCCCGACAUCUACGUCACCUUCACGCCCACCUGCACGUACGAGGGCGAGAACACGGUCAUGAUGCUGCAGACGGCCAGGUACCUGGUGAAGAGCUACAGGCAGGCGAGUAAAGGUGAGCAGCUGACGGGCAUCGUGUCCUACCUGAACGAGGCGCAGCAGCGUCUGCAGGCCCAGUCCGUGUCCUCCCGCCCCACCGUGGUCAACAUCAACGACCUGGCCAGCCUGGUGGAGGCCUACAAGCUACGCGCUGCCAAGCUGGUGGAAGUUGCAGCCAAGAGCCUGCAGGGGGAGCUGCAGAAGAGCAAGAGCCCUGAGGACGCCUGGAACAACUCCUCCAUCGACCUCGUCCGCGCCUCUGACGCCCACUGCCACUACGUGGUGGUGAAGCUGUUCGCUGCCAAGCUGGCGGAGGUGGGGGACACGGCGGUGCACUCGGUCCUCAGCACGCUGGCGCUGCUCUACGCCCUGCACGGCGUCGCCCAGAACUCCGGAGACUUCCUGCAGGCUGGUCUGCUGACCAUCCCUCAGCUGUCCAGCGUCUCCCAGCGCCUGAAGGACAUCCUGGCCCAGGUGCGGCCCAACGCCGUGGCGCUGGUGGACGCCUUCGACUACUGCGACGAGAUGCUCAACUCCGUGCUGGGUCGCUACGACGGCAACGUCUACGAGCACAUGUUCGACUGGGCCCGCAAGUCUCCACUCAACCGCACAGAGGUGCACCAGUCCUACCACAAGUAUCUGAAGCCUCUGCAGUCCAAACUGUGAGCUGUGUGCCUGUGUGUGUGUGUGUGUGUGCGUGCGCGUGUUUGUGUGCACGUAUGUAUGUAUGUGUGUGUGUGUGUGUGGAGGACUUCACCGGGCCACUCACUUACACAGUCAGCACCACCAACCCCAAGAUGGAGGUGAAACAUUUCUCUCCUGAGAAAGGGGAGUCUGCACUCAAUCAAACAGGCGCAGGGCCUUGGUCAUAUAAUUUCUAAUAUAGUCUGGUAGCUAAGGGACAGUGGGGUCUAGACCCAUAGCUAGAAGUGCUGCUAGGGAGAGCACGUAAGCGGUCACAAGCUACAGUACACUAUACACUAACUUCAAUCAUCACUGGUACUUACAUCAGUUUAUCUAACCUUUUUGGGAAAAAAUAAUUGAAAUUUUAAUCAACAUGCUUUAGAUAUACAAAUAAGACCUUUUAGAUCUUUAAUAUGGUGUAAAGCAUGAUAAAUUGGCUUGGCGGGUUGACAAAUCUAUUGUCAAAAGUAUAUACGCAUAAAGUCGUUUGCCAAGAUGAUUGUUACUCCUGAAAGAUAGAUUUCAUGAGGUAAGUUAGGUAAGUUACAUACACGAUCGGUAAAGUGGUAGGGAACUUUCUGUAGAAAAGAAGAGAGUUGGAUGUGUCAGGCAUGAUUGAGAAUGUGAACCAAUGCCCUCUCAAUAUUUUCACUAAACUCUGCAUGUUUCAAGGCUAUGAACUUUAACCAGUUCAGUAGAAUACAAAACAAAGUUAAUUGAAUAUCAAGAAUAUCAUAUGUUUAAUGGAAUCAAGGCAAUGGAAACAUGCUCUCAAAGGAAUGCAAUCAUAAUGGUUUUCCUGAAGGUGGUUUUGCAGUGUCAAUUCAGGGGCAUGUUAGUGCUGCUCCUUGAUUUGUCCUUUCAUCAAGGUAAAGAAAUGACUUAGGACCACCGUUAAAGUACAACAAAAAUGAAUGUGAAUCCUAUGCUUCCACUGAUAGAGACACUUUCUUUCUUUCUUUCUUUCUUUUUUUUUUAAAUAUUGUAUUGUAAUCAUUGGGAAAAUAAAUCUGUAAUAUUUGAAAGAUGUAAAUAAAUUUAUAGUUUUCUAACAGCCUCUGUAAAGGUUUAUACAUGUCACUUGACAUUUUUUAUUGACCACACAGCUGUGUCUGAUGAGUUAUAAUGGUUAAUUGGAUUUACAUGGAUAAAUCAUUUUUAUUUGAGCUUAUUUGAGUAAUGUAGUGCAAAUGUAUGCCUUAACUGAAUUAUAUUCUACUACUUGUAGUGGAGUUAUGUCCGUAAACCAAUGGAAUAGCAGUUUGGUUUCAUUUUCCAUUUUUUUUUUUAUGUUUUGAUCAGUUCAAUAUGUCUGGUAUAUAUAGUACUCUGUGGUGGUCGUAUCAGAUCACAAUCUCAAAUGCCUUGUAAGUUAAAAUGUAGAAGUAUUAAAAUGAAUACCUGAAAUUCUAGUGUUCUGUCUAUGCUGGCAGUGAGCACUGACCUUAUGUCAAGUAUGUGCAUGUUCAUAUUCAACUGUGUUCGCUAGAUGUCAGUGUUUACUUUAUUAUGUGACGACAUGUAAAUAAAGAAGGAAAGUAAACUACA